AAGUGACAUCCACAUCACAUCCGUGAACCAGAACAGCAACAGAAGACGGUAGGCAUUCCCACCAAACUUCUACCCAGACAGUCUGUAGAUGUCAUCUGGAGCUCCAAAGGGGGAGAACUGUCUUGUAGACAUGGACAGCAAGGCUGGAGAUCUGUUCAGUGCUGAUGAUGCUCAUCCAACUGGCACAGGUGGUGUUGGAGUCAUGGCAAAGCUCUGGCUCCCUAAAGGCUUCUCAGUCAGUAUGGCUAAAGAGUGGAUUGACAGGCGUCGAGUGUCCAUUCGACCAUGGGCUAGCUUCGUGGACCAACGCAAGUUUUCAAAACCUCGCAAUUUCGGAGAGUUGUGUCAGAGGGUGGUGAAAAACGUGGAAACUUACAACAGCAACUACACCUUCAUCUUCCUGGGUCUCAUCCUCUACUGCAUUAUCAGCUCUCCCAUGCUGCUGAUUGCCUUGGCUGUGUUUGCUGGCGCCUUCUACAUUAUCCACCUCAAAUCCCUGGAGUCCAAACUGGUUGUCCUCGGCAAGGAGCUGGCUGUCCCUCACCAGAUGAGCCUUGCUGGAGCUGUCUCUCUGCCUGUGUUCUGGUUGGCUGGAGCUGGAGCUGCAGUCUUUUGGGUUCUAGGAGCGACACUGUUUGUGAUUGGCUCUCAUGCUGCGUUCCGUGAGCUGGAGGGAUCAGACAUGGAAGAGCUCUUGAUGGAGCCGGUGUGAAAAGCAGGCUGAACUCCCAACAGGUGCUGGUUGACGAUCGGGCUUCACUUUGACCCUGUAAUUGCAUUAGCCCAGAGGGAUUGAGGAAAAAACUACUCUUAGAUCUGUGAUUCCUUAGCUACAUGUGCAUCCUGUGUUCCCUGUAUUUUAAUUUUGCCAGUGUAUCAAGAAUGCACCUCGUCUUUCCUCUGAAAUAGUUGGUUACAAACUGUAUAGCUUUUCUCAAAUUCAUUCGCACACAUAACUUGCCAUAUGCACAAAUAAUUCAAUUGUAAUUUAGUAUUUAAGCACAUUAUCAUACACAUUGUAUGCCUUUCUCUAUGAAUUUUAAACUGUGGAUGCCUCUGGUUUGUGUCAAAUAGCCUUUUUCUCCCUGCAACAUCUGGGAAACAGCUUCUGUCUUUUUCUUUAUGUAAAGAUUAUAUAUACAUGCAAUGUUCUCACUGCUAAACUGCUACAAAACAAUGAAUUUUCCAAAGAACAAUUGCCAUUUAAAGCUUUAAAAAUAAACCUCUUAUUAUGACCAAGCACAAAUGAAACAAUGCUUUUGUUUGAGAGAGUGCGCAAACAAAACUGUUAUUUCUAAUAGGCUACUUACUAACAUAGAUAAAUUGAUGAGAAGACAUCUUAAAAGGUCAGUGCUUAGUAAUGGUGUUUUUUAUUGGGGAUAUGGUACUUUGCUGACAGUAUGCACAUUUAUCAGCUCUGCUGGCAGUAUUCAGAUCUGAAGGUCAUCCUGUAAACCUGAAAUAUUUUUUUUUGAAAAUAAUUAUUCCUUUGUUUACAUUUUAAUGUAAUUUGUGUGGUUUUGUAUUUAAUGAUAUCUUGGGAGUGCAAUAAACCCCUGAUGUAAGAUGGC